CUGAAACUGAACUUUGGGAGAGGGAGUGUGGGGAUGAGAGUGUGCUUUAUUAUAAAAAAGAGAAAGGGAAGUAUUAGAGAUUCUAAUUAAUAUCUCCAAAGUGAAGAAGAGAAAAAAAAAAAAAGAGGACCUGUGAUAAUUGCCUAUGAUAAUUAAUUUCUUGGGAAACCAUAUUAUUGAGUGGAAAUUUCAAAGUAUUAAAUCUUGGAGAAAUGGCUUUCAUUCAUUUGGAUGUCAGAUGCCUCUAUACCCUGAUUAUUUGCACAACAUUUGGCUCUAUGCCUUCAAAUGCUGAGAUAAAAGUUAAUCCUCCUCAGGAUUUUGAGAUAGUGGACCCUGGAUAUUUAGGUUAUCUCUCUUUGCAAUGGCAACCUCCACUGUUUCUGGAUAAUUUUAAGGAAUGCACAAUAGAAUAUGAAUUAAAAUACCGAAACAUUGAUAGCAAACACUGGAAGACCAUCAUUACCAAGAAUCUACAUUACAAAGACGGGUUUGAUCUUAACAAAGGUAUUGAAGCAAAGAUACACACACUUCUGCCAGCGCAAUGCACCAAUGGAUCAGAAGUUCGAAGUUCAUGGUCAGAAACUACUUAUUGGACAUCACCACGAGGAAAUCUGGAAACUAAAAUUCAGGAUAUGGACUGUGUAUAUUACAACUGGCAAUAUUUACUCUGCUCUUGGAAAUCUGGCAUGGGUGUCCAUUUUGAUACCAAUUACCAAUUGUUUUACUGGUAUGAGGGCUUGAACCAUGCAAUACAGUGCACUGAUUACAUCAAUGUUAAUGGAAAAAAUAUGGGAUGCAGGUUUCCCUAUUUGGAGUCAUCAGACUAUAAAGAUUUCUAUAUCUGUGUUAAUGGAUCAUCAGAAUCCCAUCCUAUCAGACCCAGCUAUUUUAUUUUUCAGCUUCAAAAUAUAGUUAAACCUUUGCCACCAGACUACCUUAGUCUUACUGUAAAGAAUUCAGAGGAAAUUAACCUGAAAUGGAGCAUGCCUAAAGGACCCAUUCCAGCAAAGUGUUUCAUUUAUGAAAUUGAAUUCAUAGAAGAUGAUACUACCUGGGUGACUACCACAGUUGAAAAUGAGAUACAAAUCACAAGAACAUCAAAUGAAAGCCAAAAAUUAUGCUUUUUGGUAAGAAGUAAAGUAAAUAUGUAUUGCUCAGAUGAUGGAAUCUGGAGUGAGUGGAGUGAUGAACAGUGCUGGAAAGGUGACAUAUGGAAGGAAACCUUAGUAUUUUUCUUGAUACCAUUUGCUUUUGUCUCAUUAUUUGUUUUGGUAAUAACUUGUCUGCUUUUGUAUAAGCAAAGGGCUUUGCUGAAAAUGAUCUUUCAUACAAAAAAAGAAGUCUUUUCUCAUCAAGAGACAUUCUGUUGACUCAUUAACUUUCAGUCUUAUGGCCAAAUAUUAAAUAUGAGUCUUAUUAAACUGAAGCUUUUCUCCAAAUAUUGAAUAAAUCUUAUUUUAAAA